UCCUGCUAAACCUAACCCUGCCGCACCUGCUGCCGAAAGAGAGACACUGUGUGACUCUUUGGCAUGACCGGGACUCAGACGGUGACAACAGUUAGUGGAGAGAAACAGACAGUGGCGACAAUCAGUGCAGAGAAACACGCAAACUCAUCAAAGCGAGAAGCAAUGAACAAGACCAAGCCAGACAAGCGCAACAAGGCGCCCAGGAGGCCUGGAUGCUGCGCCUUCAUCCACGCCUUCCUGGGGCUGUUCACACGCAAGAAGCGUGGCCAGGAAAAGCCUGUGGUGACUCAUCUCGGAGAGUCUGCGGUGCACCAGACUAUUACGGAAGAACAUGUUAUGGAAGAACAUGUUGUGGAAGAACAUCUCAAGGAAGAACAUCUUAUGGAAGAACAUCUUGAAGAAAAACAUCUUAAAGAAGAACAUCUUAAGGAAGAAACUGUUAAGGGAGAACAUCUUAAGAAUGAACAACUUAGGGAAGAACAUGUUAUAGUAGAACAUAUUAUGGAGGAACAUUUUCAGGAAGACCACGUUAAGGAAGAACAUGUUAUGGAAGAAUUUAUGGUGCAAGGAUCUACUCCUAAAGAAAAAAACUAUUGUGGAGGAGUCUGUUAUGCAGGAACCUGAUGUAGAACAUCUCAUGAAAGAACAUGAGGUCAAAGAACAUCUACUUGAAGAACAAGAGGUCAAAGAACAUCUACUUGAAGAACAAGAGGUCGAAGAACAUAUGAUGGAAGAACAAAAGGUAAAAGAUCAUAUGAUGGAAGAACAAAAGGUCGAAGGACAUGUGAUGAAAGAACAAAAGGUCAAAGAGCCUCUGAUGAAAGAAGAAGAGGUCAAAGAACAUCUGAUGGAGGAGCAAGAGAUCAAAGAGCAUUUGAUGGAAGAGGCUGUGCUGGAAGAGGCUGUGAAGGAACAGCCUGUGCGGGACAAGAGCAUGGCGGCCCAGCCUGCAGUGGAAGAGCCUGACCACAGCGACUCUGAUUUCAACGACGAUGUCGCUGACGACUCAGGCUCCAAGCAGUCGUCUUGGGAAGAGUGUCCGCGGCUUGCACGGCAGGGCAAGGCCUCCCUAGGCAAGGCCGAGAACAACAGCAUGAUGGCUACCGCCCCGCCCUGCGCCGCGCCCUCCACCGCACACGAGCUGCUGCCGUGGCCGCAAGGCACCGCCCGCACCUUCCAUAGCGCCGCUGUCGACCCUCCCGCCAGCUUGGUCAUGGGGACCAACAAGCACGAGACGGACCACCUCCUGACGCAGGCCACGGACCGCGUCGUCUUCUUCCACAUGGAUGACCUGCCCUCAGCCCACGUGUACCUGCAGCUGGAGCCCAAGGCUGUCAAGACCUGGGCUCAGGAAGUGGAUGAGGCGGAGGAGAAAGGCCUGGACGUGUUCGCCCCACAGACCAGCUGCCUUCCCUACAGUCUGAUACUUCACUGCGAGACAGGCGCCUCAGCAGAAAAUGAGGCUGCUGCAGCUGCAGCCACUGAGAUCAAGAUGAGUGCCACUCAGAGGCGCAGAGCCCGCCGCAGGGCCUUAGCUGAAGCUCUUAAAGCUUCAGCAGAAAGCGAGGCUGCCGCGAAGCCCGAAGAAACUCGCGCAGCAGCAGAAAAUGAGGCAUCAGCCGCGAGGAUGAAGGGUGUUGCUCGGCCGCCGUGUGCAGAGAAAACCUCGCGCGCUGAUUGCACCGAGGAGACUCGCACACCCGACAGGACGCCCAUUUGGGCCUCGCCCUCAGCGCGGGCGUCUGAGAACGACGGGGAUCCCUUGGUGACUGAAGCUACUGCUGCCCCGGCGACUCAUGGCGGGACGAGCGCUACGAGGCGGCGAAGGGCCCGCCGCAAGGCAUUAGCCUCCUGGACUAAGAGCGAGGCACGGCUUGUCGCGGGUACCCACUAACAGCCGGUAUCCGAUAGGACGCCCGUCUGGCCCUUGCCCUCCGUGCGGGUGUUCGGGAACGACGGGCGUCCCUUCGUAACCACAUGGGAGGAGGCUGCGUACGGCGCCUUCCACGCCCGCCGGCAUUAUUGAGGCCCGUGUCCACGAGGGCGGGGCUAGAAAUGAACGUUUGAUUGACACUAUUGAGAGACAGAGAGAGAGAGAGAGAGAGAGAGAGAGAGAGAGAGAGAGAGAGAGAGAGAGAGAGAGAGAGAGAGAGAGAGUGUGUGUGUGUGUGUGUGUGUGUGUGUGUGUGUGUGUGUGUGUGUGUGUGUGUGUGUUUAAGUGUGUGUUUAAGUGUGUGUUUAAGUGUGUGUUUAAGUGUGUGUGUGUGUGUGUGUGUGUGUUUAAGUGUGUGUGUGUGUGUGUGUGUGUGUGUGUGUUUAUGUGUGUGUGUGUGUGCGUGUGUGUGUGUGUGUGUGUGUGUGUGUGUGUGUGUGUGUGUGUGUGUGUGUGUGUGUGUUUAUGUGUGUGUGUGUGUGUGUGUGUGUGUGUUUAUGUGUGUGUGUGUGUGUGUGUGUGUGUGUGUGUGUGUGUGUGUGUGUGUGUGUGUGUGUGUGUGUGUGUGUGUGUGUGUGUGUGUGUGUGUGUGUGUGUGUGUGUGUGUGUGUGUGUGUGUGUGUGUGUGUGUGU